UUCUUUUAAGAGCAUAAUAUUUACUGCACCCAUCCUUCUUCUUCUUCUUCUUCUUCCAGGUUUCUAGACUUCCGACUUUACGCCCUGUUUUCUCUUCCCAUCUGAACAGCAAGCAGCAUAGCAACUCUGCAAUCCUCUCUACUGCUCUCUUACUGUGGCGGCAUCUAUAGCAACAAGAAGCCCCAUCCAAAAAUCAUUCUUUUCCAAGCUUCAUACCACUUCUAUACCAAGCAGCUGCUUUCUGUAUAGACUAUGGAUAAAAUCGGUCGUUCCGUCGCCGCAACCAGCUCUUCUUCCUCCUCCUCCGCCACCGCCACCACCACCGCCACCUCCGAAGCCGCCGUCAACAGUUUCAGCGCCGAGAAUAGCAAUAGCAGCACCGUCUGCAGCGGCCGCUCGACCACCAGCAACUGCUCCAACUACAUAUCCAACUCCUUCCGCUCGCUCAACAAGUCUUCUUAUAAGAUCUCGAAGCCCAUCUCCAAAAACCCUAACCCUAGCCCAAAUCUAAUCCGUCCUCCUCCGCCGCCGUCUUCCGCCAUCAGCACCGUAGGUGGAAGCGGAAACAGUGUCCCACAGCAGCAGCAAUCUCAACCUCCGGUCUACAACAUCGACAAGAACGAUUUCCGCGACGUAGUCCAGAAGCUCACCGGCUCGCCGGCGCACCUAUUUAACCGCCCACUAACCCCACCGCAGCCGGCGGCGGCGGUCGCGGCGAUCUGGCGACAACCACCUUUCCCCUCAUCCAUCCCCCAGCCACUUUCACGUCUCCACCGUAUCCGCCCGCCUCCGCUAGCGCAGCUACCACCACACCACCCUCCUACUCCGGCCGCGCCUCCUCUCGUCGGUGAUGGUUGGGUACGGCCUCCUCUCUCUCCGUUGCCUCCCUUUCCGACGGUUAGCGCGGCGGCGGAGUCGCCGCUCUCCGCGUACAUGCGGCGGGUUUCACAGGGGACUGCCCUCGGUAUCCCCCUCCCAGCCGAUCUCCGCGUACAUGCGGCGGCUUCACAGUGGACUGCCUCUGGUAUCACCGUCACCACCGGGGGUGGCGCCGCCGCAGCUGCUUCCUUUGUCGCCGCUCUCUUUUGGCUGUGCCCCGUCACCUCAAACGGCUUCUGCUUACCAGGCCAUGAUGUCGCCCUCUUUACUAUUUCCUACCUCCCCUGGCAUGCCUAUACCAAGCCCCAAGUAAGGGACGAUUUCUCAUCCGUCUGCUUUUCCCAUCAGAUCCAUCUCUGCACGCGAAGGAGGAAGAUCUCUGCUUCGGCUUUAUCGGUUUCAGUAUCCGGAUUGAGGAAUGAUUGGUGGAGGCCUUGCCUUUGUCCUUUGCCUUCAGCUAUGGCGAUUGGCUGCCUUUUCUUGCGAUUGACCAACGGGGACUAG